GGCCCUUACGUGGCCACAAGCAAUCAAAAGCUUACUUCAGUCACCCUGGAAAACGUGAAUGGCAGUGUGGAGUGUGUAAUCACCCGGGAAAGGCCUUUAAAUUAGUGAAAACCCCAGGCCGGUGAUGUGGGUCGAAUAGGGCAGCUGUGAGUGUAGAGUAAAUUCCCGCAUUUGUCGCCUUAUUUCCGUGGCCCGCCGCGCCGAGGACCUCAUGCCCAGCGCCUCGCCGUGCACCCAGAGUUAGUGGCCACAGGAUGCCGGUAGGUGAGGCACACAAACACUCACCAUGCUGAUGGACCAGGAGCCAGUGAGCAUAUUUUCCCCAUGGGCUUCAUACGACCUCGGCACCUCUCUACUCAACAAACAAAAUUGUCGUGGAAGGACAGGAAGUUUAGAGAAGGGCAGUGGAGCUGGUGGCGGGGGCGAUGGCAUUGGCAGCGGGAGUGGCAGCAGCAGCAGCAGCUUGGGAGGGAGUCGGCUGGUGGAUGCACUCAUAUCCAGCGUGCUGGACGAGACGGACCAGCUUGGCCUCGCCCACUUGCAGGAGAAACCAGAGAAAAGUUGUAGCACCAAUGGCAGUAUUGGCAGCUCGCGGCUCCUGGGAAGGGAAACAGGGGGUGAUGGGGUGCUCUGGGGGGGCAGCGGCAACAAUGGCAGUGGUAGCGGUGGAGGCCUGGGUCGCGGCAAUCAUUCAGAUGAAUUCUUCUCAGGCCCUGUUCACCCCCAGACCCAGACAGACUUUAUGAACUACUUGUUUGACACUGCACUGCAGCAGGAGGAAGAGGCCAGUCUGCAGGGUAAUUAUGGCGAGUUCUUCCGUGAGCGAGAGUUAAGUGGCAGUUCCCGGGACUCUGGAUAUGGUUCAUUCCUGGGUGUUGGGGGCUCAGGGUCACCCCCUGGCAUGUCCUGCAGCAAUCAGGCCUCACUGUGUGACAUGCGCAAGGGGCCGCCCGAUGCACUCCCUCUCCCAGCCAAUGGCCGGAUCAGUCAUGACUUUGACCAGCUCAGUGAGUUGAAUGCUCAGAAGAACUUCCUUGACAACUUACAACGUCUCAACCAGUUAAAUGGGGGCAGCUCGCCUGGGCUUCCCCUCCUCACUCCCCUGGGUGAUCUUGACCCUCUGCUCCUGGCUGGGUCUGAUCUAGGAGACACCUCCACCUUGGGGUUAAGUCAGCUCCUGCCUCCCACAAGGGACCUACCCCAUGAUCUCCUACCUCCCUCCUCAACACCCACCUCUAAUGGUCCCUUCUCCAUGUCCUCCCUGGGAGUCAAGUCAACCCUCAGUAUUGACAUGAUGCGUGGCCAGCCUCCCACAGUCUCAGGGUCAGGGCCACCUGUCCAGUCAGCCCACCAGGCCAAUGGUCUGGGUGACAAGGGACAGCAGAUUGCCAACCUCCUCAGCGGCAUGAGCAUCGACACCUCCCAGGGUGGUGUGGGCCCCAUCAACAGUCACCACCUAGGGGCCCUCGCAGCCCUUUGUGCGCCCAACCUCUCUGCCUCAGCAGCUAACCAAGUCAACUCGGGUAAUCUCAAUGGCCAUGCCCUCGGCUCAAACAGACCUCAGUCAUCACCAAAGUAUCUAAACUCCCAGCAAUGCAUCAAUACCAACGGGGAAAUAUCUCCCAGCAUGAUGAGGAAGCCCCGCCCCGACGAAGAGCGGGGCAUGCCCAUCUGUCUAAGAUCACAGCCCGGCAGUCAGGGGUCCCCACCUGGGUCAAGAAUGCCAGAGCAGCUUGUGGGACCCUCAAAAGAUGGCCCAGGGCACUGUGGACCUGUGGGGCCGAAAGGACCCUUCCUGGUCCCUCCGCCAACAUUCCCCCCCACUGAUGGUGUGCCCCCUUGGGAACUCAUGCCCCCUGUGACAGAGGUCUUCCCCCCACAUGGACCUCCCCCUCCACUUCUUCCACCAAACACAGAUCUCCUCCCUCCAUUUGCAGACCUAUCUCCUCACCCCCUCCUUUCCAUACCACCACCACUGCUGGGAUUCAGACCUUUCAGGCGCUCUGGAGGGAGUAGUGAGCUCCACUCGCGACUGGAGGAGUGCUAUGACCAAUUCCGUCAGUUGGAGAGAGAGCGAAAGAAGACUGAGGCUGAACUGGCCCGCUGUUUCCCUGGGAAAAGAGUGUCCUCAGCCAACACAGUGCCACUGCCCCGACUGCCUCCCUCACCCUCACGCGUCGACCGCCUCAUCAUUGACCAUCUGAGGGAGCAUGCCAGGGUAGUGACCCUCAUUGGCAAGAUGGAGCGGCUUCGUGGGUCGUCCCUCCAGUCAGGCAUCCAUCGGUCUGUGGCCCAGUGGCACGAGGCUGUUACCAGUGUGCAGGAGAAGAGGCGUGACGAGGUGGUGAACGCCAUCACACAGCGCCACAACCCCCUGCCUAACGGCCACAGCACCAGUGAGCAGGAUCUCAUGGCUUUAGCUGCUGCGAUGGGAACACUUGCCAGUGCCAGUCGUGGGGCGCGGACAGCCAUGUUCUGUGCACUCACCCUCACCACACACUACAGUAUGGAGCCUAGCCUUGCCUCAGCCUCCUCCCUUCCCCCUAACCUGCUCCCUGAAUCAUGUUCCUCUGUUGCCUCCCUCUCCCACGAGGCCACGCCAGAACCCUCACAGCUUUCCCCGGCAGCCGCUUCCACUUCCUCUUCAUCAGCCUUUUCACUGCCCUCCACUGCUACAAUAUUUUCGUCUACUCCAUCCUCUACUAUUUCAUCUUCCUCUCCAUCCUCCUCAUCUUCCCCGUCCUCAUCUUCGUCCCCAUCCUCUUCGGUGUCUCCUUCGUCCACAGAUCUGUCACAUUCUGCACCCCCUUGUCCCGCCUCUUCCUCCCCCUCCUCUCCUCCUCCUACAUCUCCUCCUCCAUCCACUACAACCUCCUCCUCACCCUCAUCCAUCCCUGCAUCCUCCUCUCCUGUGACUCCUUCAGCAACUGUCAGCUCUGAGGAUGGCCAGGCAAUUGCAUCUGCUAGUGAGAAGAGUGAGGCAGCAGCUACACCCACCACCACCUGUGACUCUUCCCCUACCACCACCACCACCACCACAGACGCCAACGACCAGGGGUGUGCUGGCAGGUCCUCCAGCUCACCACCGCCUCCACCACCACACACCACAGCAGCCUCCACCCCCACUGCAGCACCCUCCACCACUACCUCCCCUCCUGUGCCCUAAUGUCUCACAAGUAAGUGGUAGUAGAAACAAGUGAGAAUCAUGAAAACCAAUAACUUUAUGUAUUUAGUAUUUGAUAAAAAUGUUACUUGGUUGCUAUGACUUCAAAUUGUAUGAAAUGCAAUUUGUUAGUACAAUACAAUGAUUAUUAUGACAACUAGAAACAGGUACUUAAAUCAAAUUUAUUAUUUUAUAAAGGAUCAAGAUUGAAAGAAGUCAUGUAACAUUGAUGUCUGUAAUAUACAGCUUUUGAUAAUGUGAGAUGGAAGAGUUUAGAAUGACUUAGUGUUACUGUCAUGAUUGUGGUUAUGGUUAGAGAACCAGUGUUGAGCAUCAAAAUGCCAGUCAAUAAUGUUUGGGGUAAUGAGUCAUGAUUUACCAUGCUUAAAGAUGUAUGUAUGUCCAUUGAUGGUUAAUGUUGCUAUGUUAAGGAAGAACAAAAGAUUAUUGCUGUUAACUAGUAGCCCAAGAUCUAUAUUUGUAUGACAUAUAUGGAGUAUAAUACUGUAUGUAUGGAUAUAUUUAUGUACAAAACACAUGCACAUGAAUAUAUGAAUGCAUACAUGGAUAUAUAACUUCAUACAUAGAUAUUACUAUUUAAUAUUAUGGAUGGGUAGAAGCACAAUUUAUGGUUAGACUUCCUUUCUUGGAACUAGCUAAUACCCAGCCCAUCAGCUAGCUGUUGGUCAGGUCUCUCUCAGGCUAUUGCAAUAAAUUGACACGCAAAAUUUUUAAACCAGUCAUUAAUUCUCUCAAUAUCACCUCAGAAUGGAAAAGUUACCUGCAUGCAUAAAUUUUGAUCAUCUAGAAAAUUUGUUACUGGUGCUAAUUUGCAUGGUCAGUUAUGUAUUACUAUUUCAAGUAAAAUUAUUGCCAACUGCUGCAUGCCAAGAUAAUUUGUUGCAAGGCUUGAGGGAGAUGUUGAAGCUUAAUGACAAACUCACAAGUGAUUGUGCCAACCAGGGCUCAUUAGCUCUCAGAAGCUUGCUCAUCAUUUCAUAUCUCUUCUCACAGUUCAAGUGGAGAGCAAUAUAGAGUUUGAUUUUGCAUCUGCUAUAAGAUUACUAGUAUACUGUUUCAGUUCAUAUAUGGAAUAAUUUAUAGAAAAGUAGUAUUAUAGUUACACUGACUAUACAAGGACCCUGCAAAUUGAGAUUUUGUGGAGUAGGCCUUUUUUAUGUUAUAAGAAAGGCUAUCAUCAUGUUGCAUUAAGUUUCUGAAACAUUUUUCUAAAAAUGACAAAGAUGUACCCCAAGUAUUGGCUCAAGACAAUUGGACUUUCACUCAUCUUGGUUGUCCAGUAGCAAGACGACAUGUCUCUCAUAAUGGCCUUUCAUGGAUAAUUUAGCUUAGUUCUUGUUGGGCUGGGUAGCUCAUUGUCACCCUUUAGGGCACACUGAAACACAUGUACUGGGGAACCUCUCCAAGGGUCUGUGGACAGGGAUGCACUGUUUUAACCUUUUUUUUCCCUUUUUUACAUUUCCUGCAUGUAGGUAGGUUCUGAAGUUAUUGACGAUUGUUUCAGUUUGUGUCCACAGGCUCAUCUUUUAUGUAUAUUUGUCACUCAUGGUGUAUAUCAUAUUUUUCAAAAGCUUUGCCAGUGUUGCAGCAAUAACUAGGCUCAGAUUAGUCUCAGCAUGGGUUCAGCAUAACUUAUUGGCAGCUGUUUUCAUAUAAUUGCAUCUUGAAUAUUUAUAAUUCUCCACAACAAUACUGUGUUGACACAUCAAUAUUUGGGAUUCAAGAAAUGAUGGCAUUAUGCCAAUAACAAAAAUAAAGUGCAGAGAAAGUAUUUCUUGCACUGUUAAACUCAAACAUUAGUUAUGAAAAAAAGAAUUACUUGUAGGUUUUCAGAUUAAGUUGGCAUGCAACUCCCAACAUGAGGUGAGGUGAUGGUGUGCUUUUGUGCCACCCUCAGACCCUCAGAGGUCAGGGAGUGCUGCUGCCCCUUGCUGCUGACGAGCAAAACUAGGCUUCUUCAGAAAGGGUUGUAGCUUAACUCACUGUGAUAACUAUUGCAUGGUAAUGUGAUUCUGUAUUACUUAUUAAUCCUUUGAUAUGGAGGCAAUCUCUGGAAGAAUGUUUAGAAGUGGGUACACGUGUGCUUCUUAGGGGAGGGGGAAGGUCUCUGUCAUAUUGUCAUGAUGGUUGAAUAACUAUCUAGUUGCCUACUUCCCAGUGUUCUGCCAUAUCAACCAUUUGUACACCAUGGCGGCCUUUACUUGGCCCAUACCCCGUUAUUCUUCAUUUCGUCUGGAACACACUAGGUAAUAUUAAGUAAGGAUGAUUCAUAAUCCCCAUUUUUAUCAUCUAGAUGAAUACAUUUUGCUUUUAUGUAGCACUCAGUUGACAGUUGUUGUUGUUGUUCUGCCUGGAGAGGACGUGCCAAUUACUCCCAGACUCUCACAGUGAGGCUCUGUCAUCGCGUUGUUGAUGGACAUCUGUUGGCUUUCUAUUUUGUGACGUAGCUGUUUAGAAUAUCUCAGUGGUCCUGACUGAUCAGUUACCCAUGUUUUCCUUUUGAUUGAGCUUUAUUUAUUUAUUUUCUUUCUCUGGAAAUUUUACUGGGUUCAUAUUUAUAUGGCUUGUUGAUGUUCUAGUCUUGUCACAAGAUUCAUUAUCAUUAUUAUCAUCAUUAUUAAUAUGAUUAUGAUUAUUAUUCUUACUUAUUUUUAUAUCUAGUGUAUUAUGCUUAUUUAUUCAUACGUUUGUGGUGGAUAUUGUUGUGCUUCUCUUCGUGAUUGAGUGUGUGGUGUUAGCCUUGUUCAGCUGUGCAAGGUUGAAGGCUGUGGCAGUAGUGCAGUGUGCCUGAGCUCCCCCCACCCAGUGCAGGAGGAGGAGGAGGAGGAGGAGCAAGGAGGAGAAGGAGAUGACGCAAAUAUAGCAGGUGGUGGAAGAGUAUAAAGGAGACAAAUUAGAUGUUGGAGGAGGAAAAGAGCAUAUUGCACUGUCACAAGGAAGUUCUCAUUUGCCCAGCAUAGUGGGCAUACUUUUGAAGGAGUUGGUUAUUUGUUUUUUGAGGUUGCUUUAUAUGGAUGUCUCUUGGGGGUACAGGGAAAUACCUAUUUUAAGUGGAUGCAUUUACCAACAAGCUUAUUUUUAUUGAAUAAUUUUUUGUGUGUGCUUACCUCCAUAGUAUUUGGAAGUGUGUGUCAUCUUUAGUAAUGUAGAUUUUUGUGCCUUUCAUUCCUUAAUUAGUUGACAAAGUUGUGGAAUUUUUGUUGACUACUGCAACUACAGGGGAACCUAGACUGGGCUUGUGCUGGUUCAUGUGCAGCUCAGUCACUCUUUGCACUGUUUUGUGUUCGUGGUGUUAAGCGUGUGUUUUGGGCAUACUCAGGUUUGUGUUCAGAACUUCGUCAAACUAUACCUCUUUCAUUCUCACUCUAUACAGUUUUUCUCCCACUCUCUUGGCCUUACUCUUUCUCUCUUCCUCAUAUUUUUUAAGCUUCUUGCAAAAUAUUCAGUGUUUGAUGCCUUACAUACAUUACAAAACCUAAUGUGGGAUGAAGCACACCUUAACCAGAUCUAAGAGAGACUUGUGCUCUGUGAUUGCGUUGUUCCCUGUGCCUCACCCCUGAAGGAAGCUGCUGAUCCUGAAAUGUUUCCCAAAACUCGACAUCACGUUCAUUCCUCUGAAUGGGAUCAUUCGUAGUAUUGCAAGAGAUUUACCACUUACUUUAAUUCCAAAGGGAUAAACCUCAGAGCUAUCCUAAUCAGUUGAAAGUUCAGGAGCGUUAUCUCUGGAACAGCUUAAAUUUAGCAUUAUGUGGAAGGUGGCUGAUCCUAAGUAAUUUUUAAAGGAAUUGAUUUUAAUGUACAAUUACCAGCCAGCUGAGGGGUGUAGAGCAUGCUGGUGCUGCCCGCCGAGGGGAAGGGAGGGUGGUGCGGGGAAGUCAGCAGGCUGUGUGUUUGUGUGUUUCAGAUACGUAACUGUUGCCUGUACAGCACAGAGUUUUCACGUUUUUACUGCCCAUGAAUAAUUAGAGACGACCAACAAGUGCAUGUUCGUGUUGCUGUACAAGUAAUUAUUUCCGUGGAUGGCUAGACGCUAGGCUCAGGUGAGGCUUACUGAGGCUGUGUGAUUGAAAUAGAGCUUCAUGUGCUGUUUCAUUAACUGAAAUUUAUAACCAAUGACAACUAAUAACCAAAGCAGGAACAUCAGUAAUCGUAAUCAUAGUUUUUGCAUCGUGUACAUGAUCAGUAGAUUUUUUUCCACACUACAGAAGAUCUUAACAAUGAAUAGCUGAGACUGAGGAUGUAAAUUAGUCAGUUGAUCUGUUCAGUGUGUGAACUUUUAUCCGUUUGGUUCAUAGUUUGCAGAACCAGCAAUCCACAGGGUGGGUGAACCAGCAUAUCUCAGGGUCUUUGUUUGCUCCUAGAAGUCUUAUGCUGAGUGAGUAUGAAAUAAUAAUCCAUAUAAUGUUAGCAAUUUUUUUUUUGUGCAAGUGUUAACUGCUAUUUACCUCAAGGUUUAUAUUUAGCAUUAUAUAAAUAUAUAUACAUCUCAAGUCCAUACAUUCACAGGGCAGUUGGAAGUGUCUCUCACCAUUAUUUGUAUCAGUUGUAAUUAGCAGUAAUGAAGCAAUUUGUAAUGAUGUUCUUUGGGUAGAGUUUCUGCCAAGUGAGGGAAUUUAAUUGCUCUGUGAAGGGACAUUCUUUUGAGCACUGGUUAGUCACUGACGUGUAGAACUUUUUGAAGACAUUUUCUGAGUAAUUUACUGUUGAAAUUGCUCACACUUUCAAAGGGGGGUUGCCAUCCAGGGCUGCUGUUAUAAAGACUUGUAGACCGUCUCACUGUUCAUGUGACUAUGAAUCACUGUAACUUUUGUUUACUGUUUGUCUAAUUUAGGUGGAACAUUCUCAGUCAGCUACAAAAGCAAUAUCUCAUGGAAAGAUGUGAGUUAGUACUGUAAGCUUGAACUGCCAUAACCUUAAAUACAUUCUCAAAACUUAUGGGAUGAGGCUAACUUUUUGGUCGUAAAUUAAAGGAGCAGAAACUAGAAGAAAGAAAUCCGUCAGUUUAGUAUGAGGUCAUUGCAUUGGGCUGAGGGCAUCAAAGGUCGACACACAAGUCAGCAAACACAAAGCGUAGAGUCCUGCCCUGGACAAUACACCCCCCUGUGUAUACUUGGGGAUAGGGAGCACAUGGUAAUUCAUUUGUAUGUAUAUAGGAUUUUUAAAUUAUUGUUAUUUUGCCAUAAGGAAGUAUUACUAUCUAUAUAAAUAUUUAUCAUAUCUUGUAUAAUAUGCUAUUUAGGAUAUGCAAUGCUGAUGUAACACUAAAACAUGACAAUACUUGAAGAUGCCUAUCAUCACUGCAUUCUGGCUGGACCAAACUGUGGGUCUCCCAAGGUCUGCCUAUCACAACUCUAGUUUGUGUCAUUCAUAAUGUCACCCAGGGUUAGCAUUUUGUUGUCACUAGGAGAGUCUAAUCAUGACAAUCAGCCUGGUCCAUAUAGAUACAUGUUGGGAGGGUUGCCUGCUGAGUGCCAGGGUGCCCCACCAUAGAACAUUCAUUCAGAGAAGGAAAAUAUUGGAGAAAUUCUAUGAUUCACACAGGUGUCCUCCUUCUAAUUGACCUUGUUGCCGGUAGUCUCUGUGAACCCAAAAUUAGGGUGUAUAUGCACGAUUUGCUCAAAGUUAUUAUUGUCGUUAUUGCCUGUUUUACAAGGCUGAGAAGAAUUGAUAUGCAUUAGUGAUCUGUGUAGCUUAGAGUGAAAUUGUCAAAUGGACUAUUUGUUUAUAAUUUGCUAGAGCCACCAUUUUAUUUUUGUUAGGUACAUAUAUUUAUAUCUUGUGGUAAGCACUGUAUGUCUACUAUUGCUGUACCAGCACUGGAAGCACUGCACUGAAUGUUUCCAGCCCAGAUACUGAAAUGCCCUUCUCCCUGAGCAUGCCCAUCACCAAACACAUCUCAUGCGGUGUGUUGUGAAAGAAGUCUCAGUUGGUAUACAUAUAUAUGCAGAAAAAAACAAAAAAGAAUGAGGAAAAGGGCAAAAUUACACAAAUAUAAUGUAUUUCAUCUGAGAUAUUUGUAAGCUAUUAGUUGUUUGGUGCUCACCUUUAAUUAUUAAAUACACUUUAAUAUUAGACUAGCACAGAACUUGUGCUGCCCACUGUGUGGCACGUGUGCAAGUGCCAGUUGGUUUCAAGUAAUCCCAGUGAGAACACUGAUUGUGAUUGAAUGCUGUGGGAUUUUAACUAUAUUGUGAGAGCAUUUCAAAAUAUUAUGCAUUAUUAUUAUUAAGCAUAGCUAUAUGAUUAAGAGUCAUUGAUUCCUACUUUUCUGUGUUAUCGAGAGAUACUCUAUUAGCCUCUGCUGUAUACCAAACGAAUCUUUGUUUUUGUUUGCGAACUGCUUAUUUUGAACAUUUGGACGAGCCAGUAAUUGUAGGAGCCAUUUAGAGCAGUCCAGUUUGAUGGUUUUAAGAUUUAUAUUGACCUUCUGUAACUAGGACAGUUACGUGGCUCACGAUAUUUGAAAAUUUUGCUGAUGCACUCAAUGAUACCUGCCUUACUGGAAAAAAGUUUAACUAGGCCCACUAAUGUUUCACGCUAUGUUUUUGCUUUUCGUCCAGAUAGGAGCUUAAAUGAUGCGUAUUGUGCCAAGCUGAUAGCUGUAUUUGUUUAACUACAUGGAUGUGAAAGCACAAUACAGCAAAAUUUAUUGCAUUUAAACUUAGAAAUUGGACAAAAUUACUACGGCAAGGAUAUGUAUAGUCAGGUUAAAUCUUUGACAAACAACACACAUUGCAAGAUAAAUUGGCAGGGGAUUUUCAUCAAUGGAAGUCAUUAUUGGGUGUGAGUACAUUGGCUCUUUACGCUUCCCCAUUGAUGAAUCGUUGCCGUAAUACACAUAUACAUACAUGCUUAUACAGUAUAUUUUCGCAUCCAUAAAGAUGUAGAGGAACUGCAAGAAACACAGUAUUUUGUCAGGGUCAAUGUUGUAGACAUAAUAGCUGAAUAAUAAUGAUAAUAGGCAAGUACCAAUGCAAGGGAGACAUGUCUUUAUCUGGCUUGGAAUGCUAUGGUUGUGACGAUUUUCACUUUGCUCUACCUGGCAGCACCAUCUCUGAGAAUUGUUAGUCCUUGUUUUUUGUUGCCGGAAAGUGGUCACGGGAAAUCUCGUAUAGAUAAGAUGUUCAUUUUUAUAUUGCAUGUGUUCAUACAUAAGUCUCUUUAUUUUAUUGAUUUUUUCUGCCCUCCAUGUUAUUAGCCCUCCUUUGACAUUGCAUAGUCAGAGAACCCUCCCCAAAUUUCUCAGUAUAAGAGCACAGCUCUGAAAACAAUGCUAUACAAGUGUGGUGAGGCUGAAACAAAUUUUGAUGCAAUUUUGUGAAAUAACCCCCAAAAGUUAUUACAUAUUUUAGUAUUGGCAAUAAUGUUUUUGUGCAGUAUCGCCUACAGAACCCGUGAAGAUUCUCUGUGCCUGACUGCUGUUUAUUGGAAGCAAUUGCAAAAUGUAUAUGAGGAACCCCUGUGACCCACAUUCCAGUGUUGUUCAUAGUAAUCUUGUUCAUAUCAGGCAUAGGUGGACCUUGUUUCUUUGGUAUUUCAAACAGACUCCUUGAAUGUGAUAGGGAAUUUAGAUAAUUUGGAACAGCCCCUUUAAGAAGUGGAGGUUCAUUUCACAAUGUCGGUUGCCAGCCGUGGUGACACAUGCCUCAAGGUCUCAUGCUCUGCAUGUGUAAUUCUGUUAUAUUCUUUCCAUUUCAUCUCCUGUCACUAUCUGACUGAGAUGGUGCUACCAAAUUUUUGUUUUACUCUAUGUACUACUGCUAGUCUGUUGUACAGAUGUCACUGCUCUCUCUUCCUCUCUCUCCAUCUCUCUCUCAUAUGCCGACUCAAAUUUACUGCUUUACCGUCCAAUGAAGAAAUACUUCACUUGAUCCACGAUACAUAAUAUGACCCGAGGUAAAUAAAAUAUUUCCUGAGAAGAUAGAAAUAAUGAUUGAAGCCAGUAUUACAGGAAGUGAUUCAUUUCUUAAAGGGCUUCAGGAACAUAGCUUACAAAGUUUCAAGUUGUCACCAUUGUUUUUAAUUUGUUGCCAGCCAACAUCCUUGUUCUUUUAAUAUAUUUUCCUCCAAGUUGAUAACCUCAGCAUACCAAAUAAAAUAAACAUAUAUUAGAAUUAGAUGCCAUACUAUGGAGCUUAAUGUUCAUUUCUAUUGUGUAUUUGCUGCCAUUUUCUAGCCCAGUAAGAAAGUAUUAAAUACUCUACACUUCUAAGUCCAGUAAGGUUAUGUAUAGGUGACGGAAGGAAUCCUUUGAAUUCGCUACAUAUUAACAUGUCAGUAAUACAAUAUGUGAUGAACCUAUCCAUAUUACGAUGCAUGGGAAUGUAGGCUCUGGAUUCAGUAAUAAUGUUAGAGAUUGUAAUUUAUAUUGUUUUACUUAAUAGAAUUUGCCGGUGAUGUCACACUCUGCUUGCUAGUUCCUUAUGGUGGCCGCUUCCCCCCAUUACACUUAACUGUGGCCUUGUGUGUCAAAUGUUGGUAGUUCUCAGAAUCUUGGGAUGUGUUGCCUCCCCUCAUCGUGACCCUGGGAGUGCCAGACACACCCUGGUGAAGGCACUCGGGGUACAGUUGCCUCUAGACCCUGCCACUGUCUGCUGGGGCCCACAUGUUGUAACAAGAGCCUUACUGCAGGUCUGUAAUUGAGUGCAUAUGUUACGUAUCUUACAGGAUGCCAAAGAUUUGCUGUUAUUGGUGUCUAUGUCAUAGUGGAUGUCUCCUUGACUGUUCAUGUCAAUGGUUGUUUCAUAUCUCCCAUCGUUUAGAAACUAUGGAACUGUAGGUCUUCCCAAAAUGAGAUGAUAGAAGUCACAUAUAUGAGUUUUUGCCUUUGUCCCAGCAAGGUAUUUUUUCAUGAAGUCAAAUUCUGAGGUAU